AUGAUUAUCAAGUUGAUCUUGGGCCUCUCGGUCCUGAUCAGCUCGACGAAUGGCUACGUUCCACACCACGCACACCAUGGAAGACAUGCCAGAAGUGCGAGACUAUAUCAACGUUCAGAAGCUGGCUCAUCUGUCAACUCGUCCUCCUCGCCGACACCGCCUACUCUUCGCAAGCGGGAUGAUGAUCCAAGCAGUAUGGAGUGGAUCAAACGCUGGGCAGCCAUCGGCGAUAGCUACACAGCCGGCAUCGGUGCUGGAAGACCUCUCGGCCACAGGAUCACCGCGGACGAGGUAGCUAUCAGAGUGCCCAGUGGGCUGGAAGAGGUUCGAGACAACUGGAAGUGUUCCAGAUAUGACAUGGCAUACCCCAAGGUCAUAGAGGCACAGUUUGGUGCCCACGUCGAAAAGGACGGCGGCUUCCAAUACCUUGCCUGCAGCGGCGAUCGUUCUGAACAGAUCUAUCAGCAGGCGCAGGCCCUAGAGGGCAAGCUCGACUUUGUCACUUUCACCUCUGGCGGGAACGACCUUUGUCUCGCCAAGAUGAUUGCAGAUUGCAUCAUGUUGCCCUACGGCAAGACAUCCGCCUGCGAAACCGUCAUCGCAAAGGCCCAGGAAAAUGCUAAGAAUAUCAUCACCGACAACAUCUUUCAGAUUCUGGAAGCCCUCAACGAGAAGAUGAACGAUGACGGCAUCGUCGUCGUGAACAGCUAUGCUCAGUUCUUUGACACACAGGAAGACAACUGCGAUCGCCAGUCGUGGGACUUCUUCUGGUUCCUCCCAUUGGGUUCCUCGUACCGAGCUCUCACUAUCGAACGUCGCCACGUCUUCAAUCAGCUAGUGCUUGAUAUCAACCAGGCGAUCCGCGAUGCCGUUGAUAAAGCCGCCAAGAGUGAUAAGAUCAAGUACAAGGUUGGCUACGCUGAUUGGGAUUACUGGGUCUCGAAUGAGGUGGACGCCCGGAUGUGCUCGCCGAGUAGCAAUGGCGACUAUCCAGAUCCAAAGCAACCAAACAUGCACUUCAUCAAGCCCGACACGCACCCUUGGGAUGAAUGGCAAAAUGAUUUUGAGCGGUCGGAACUACGCAAGCGCGACAUGGAUUUUGAGGAGAUACUGAACUCGACGAGGCUCUCGAACUCGGAGAAACGCCAGGUAAAUCGCAUCAAGGCUAUGAUGGAGGCUCGCGAUCGAAACCUUGAACGUACACUCUACGACUCCAUCCUUUACAAGUCACCUGAUCCACGUGCUGCCGUCAGGCACAAGCUUGACGCCCGUGCUCCCUCACCACCAGGCUGCCCUGGGGAUGGUGGCUUUGAUAUGACCUUUGGCAUGGGCAUGCCCGACACGAUUGGCCGUAACUUCCAUCCCAACGAAGCUGGCCACCUGACCAUAGCCUCCUUCGCUCUCUCAGAACUCAUGGACCUGCGCGCCAUCGUUCUGGGCGCCGACUCACCUGCCUGCACCGCCGUCAAAGACGAAUUCACAUGUUUCUCCAAAACAGGUAGCAAAUUCUACGUCAGUGGCAACCGCACCAAUGAGAACUACGAGGGGUUCUGCAAGGAAGUCCAAGAUAAGCACGACAAGAACAAGAUCAACUGGAGUUACUCCAAGACCUACGACGAAGGCACACCAGAGCAGCACGACUACGUCGUCACCCUCAGCAAUGGUGUUUCAGGAUUCGACAAGGACGAGUGCGUGGACUCAAUGAAGAAGAUCAUGAAUUCAUGCGAUACAUCCGACAACCCCAUGAACUGGAAGGGUGGUGGCAGAUACAUUCGCGGCGGCGGAGACUACAAGUACGAGCUCAACCCCCGCCGCAGUAACCGCCCGUGGCCGCCGCUAAAAGCGCCAUACGGUCGCUGCGAGGGCUGGUAUAAGGGGACUCACGGACGCUACAAGGUCGAGGGUGCUGGCUUCUCCACCUGGGAUUACGGAAAAGAUACUCUUCGGCCUAACAUGAAUGGUUGCUAUGGUCUUGGUACAUCCUUUUGGAAGUUCGAGUACUUUGACAAUCCGGCUGAUCAUGAUGGACAUGAAUGGUAUGCGACUUUUAGUACGCCGAUCUGGGUUCGUGCGAGAUGUUGGGCAAAUAAUAAGAUUGUUAAGGCGGCAGGUGGAUGGACGAAUGGGUGUAGUGGUAAUGAUUGA